AUGGAUAGCCCACCCUUCUAUGUUAAUAUAGGGCUCAACAGGGAACGUUAUACAACUGCCCUUAUUGACUGUGGAUGCCUAUGUUAUGGCACGAUUAAAGAAGCUCUCGUCCAAAAAUUACAGCUGCCGCGUAUCCCUAUUAAACCUCGAACACUAGAACACGUGGCAGGGUUCGUGUAUGAUGCGAUCCAGCAUGUUUCGUAUAUGGAUAUCGAUAUCGACGGCUAUCAGAAACGCCGCGCUUUCUUCUAUGUAGUCCCAGGCCAGGAAGACGAUGUGAUAUUGGGAAGGACCUGGAUGAACCAAGAGAACGUUGUGAUCCACCCAGCAAAGAAGCUCCUGUAUAUUGGCUCUAACGACCUCUGGGUGAGGGAAAGAGACCGUAAGAAGAGGAAGAAGUACAAGCUGCGAGGAAUGAUGGCCUCCGUUUUUGCUGGUCUCGUACGGCGGGCCCGGCGACAGGAGCAAGAUGACAAGAAAGAUCGGCUACGAGUUUUCGCCGCAAGUAUCAAAGAUAUUGAAAAGGCACUCGCCCCUAAGACAAAGUCAGACCCCCGAGAGAAACUCCCGAAACAUUAUCACGAAUUCCUACCCGUUUUCGAUAGAGAGAAGGCGGACCAGUUGCCGCCAAGCCGACCUGGAAUCGAUCAUUGCAUACCGCUACAGACUGAUGACAAGGGAAAGGAGAAAGAACCACCCUUUGGACCAUUAUACGGAAUGUCACGCGAGGAGCUCAUCGUCCUUCGCCGAACUCUCACGGAACUACUAGACAAAGGAUUCAUCCGAGCCAGCAGCUCUGCAGCUUCAGCACCAGUACUCUUCGUAAGGAAGCCGGGAGGCGGACUCCGAUUCUGCGUGGACUACCGAGCCCUUAACGCAAUAACACGGAAAGACCGAUACCCGCUACCUUUAAUCAAUGAGACUCUUCGGGCUAUAUCUAAAGCCAAGUGGCUCACGAAGCUGGAUGUCAUUGCAGCCUUCCACAAGAUACGCAUCCAGGAAGGGGAGGAAUGGAAGACCGCGUUUCGAACACGAUACGGACUCUUUGAGUGGCUUGUCACGCCAUUCGGGAUGACAGGAGCUCCCGCGACUUUCCAACGAUACAUCAACCGCACGUUACAAGACUACCUCGAUGAGUUUUGCUCGGCCUAUAUUGACGACAUUUUGAUCUAUUCCGACGGCUCCCUGAAAGACCAUAGACAGAAGGUCAGGCAAGUACUAAAGAGACUCCGGGACGCUGGCCUACAGGUUGAUAUAGACAAAUGCGAAUUUGAGACCAAGAGCACGAAGUAUCUAGGAUUCAUCGUGGAAGCUGGGAAAGGAAUUAGAGUUGACCCAGAGAAGGUCCAGGCGAUUCAACUAUGGGAAGAACCUAAGACCGCCAGGGAGGUAAGACGGUUUAUUGGCUUCGCGAACUACUAUCGCCAAUUUAUCCCAAUGUUCUCUAAGAUCGCCAUGCCCCUCACCGCCUUGACCAAGAAGGAUGCCCCAUUUACCUGGACAACACCCUGUCAAAUUUCGUUCGAUGAACUCAAAACCCUACUAAUCGGCGCCCCUCUUUUGGCUCAAUGGGAUCCAGACCGAGAAACGAUAUUGGAGACGGACUCAUCAGGUUAUGUUGUUGGAGGAUCACUGUCGCAGAGAGACAACGAAGGAUUCCUACGCCCAGUGGCCUUCUUUUCCAAGAAAAACGCCCCUGCCGAGUGUAACUACUCAAUCCAUGAUAAGGAGCUGCUCGCCAUCAUUCGCUGCCUAGAGCAUUGGGACCCCGAGCUGCGUAGUGUAGUCUCAUUCGAAAUCCUUACGGACCACCUCAACCUCCAAUAUUUCACGAAGAAGCAGCAGCUCAGCGAACGACAAGCUAGAUGGGCCGAGAUUCUUUCCCGAUAUAACUUUGUUAUCCGGUAUCGCCCUGGCCGGCAGGCCAUAGUGCCCGACGCACUCUCCCGGCGAGAACAAGAUAUGCCAGAAGGGUUAGACGACGAAAGGUUACAAGGACGCAGGAUGCAGUUGCUCCAACCGGUUAAAGGGAUGAAGGGAGCCUUCGCGGUGCAUGCUGGAACCCCAGUUGUAGUGAAAGCUGGAUAUGUAAGCAAGGGUGACUCGGACCAACCAGAAGACCCUACAACUAGCCGUGACCCGGCAGUCGAGAACCCCUUUACGACUGCUGACCUACAAGAACUCUGGAACGAAGGACUACAAAGGCAUAAUCGGUACUGGCUGAUAAGAGAAGCAGUGCAAAGAGGCGAUAGGCGCCUUCCGUCGCAAUGGGGGCUGCCGAUCACUCUAGCGGAAUGCUCCAUUGAUGCAGGACAACGGCUCUGUUGGCGAGAGAGAAUUUGGAUCCCUCAAUACGAACCUCUCCGCACGAAGAUUAUCCAAGAAACCCACGACUCGACGCUGACCGGCCACCCAGGAAGAGAUAUACUUAAGUCUUUACUUAGCAGGAGAUUCUACUGGCCAGGAUUAGACGAGGAUGUGAGACACUUCAUGCGGAACUGCACUAUCUGUGGCCGAAGUACCGUAUGGAGAGAAAAACUACGAGGUCUCCUCAAACCGCUGCCGGUGCCGGACAGGAUCUGGGCGGAAAUAUCAAUCGACUUUAUUGUUGACCUCCCUCCGACGAGUUCAAACGGCGCCACCAACAUGAUGGUAAUCACAGACCGACUGUCAAAGAACGUUGUAUUGGAGCCCAUGCUGGAAAUCACCGCCAAACGCACCGCGAAGACGCUAAUGAAAUGUUUCGUCCAGCACCAUGGACUCCCGAGAGCAAUGGUCACGGAUCGAGGUCCGCAGUUCACAAGCCACCUAUGGCGCAGCCUCUGUAGACUCUUACAGGUGCAACAACGUCUUUCAACUGCUUGGCACCCUCAAACGGAUGGAGCAACUGAGAGAACGAACCAGGAGGUGGAAAGAUACCUGAGAAUCUUUGUAACUUACGCGCAGGAUAACUGGGAUGAUCUUCUACCAGCAGCAGCUAUCGCGCUAAACAACAAAACCGCUACCGCUACGGGAUUAAGUCCUUUCUUCCUCACCCAUGGGUACCAUAUUGACCCGAUCCAAGUUAAUGAAUCUCUUCGGUCCGAGAAUGUAUCCCCGAUAGCAAGAGCAGAAGCCUUGGUGAAGAGACUGCAGGUAGCGACAGAAUGGGCCCAAGCCGCGAUGGCUUCAGCACAAGAAACCCAGGAAAAGCACGCAAAUGCAAAGAGACAACCUGCAGACCGGUUCAAGGUAGGGGAUAAGGUUUGGUUACGGUUACGUAACAUCCGAUCUGAGAGACCGUCCAAGAAGCUGGACUGGAUAGCCGCGAAGUACACAGUCACUGAGGUUAUUGGUUCACACGCUUGUCGCCUAGACACGCCCACAGGGAUACAUAAUGUCUUCCACGUUAGCCUUUUAAAACUUGCGGCAGAUGAUCCACUGCCGUCACAAGAAUCAGACGACUAUCGACCACCAGCAAUCCUUACAGAAGAUGGAGAAGAAGAAUACCUCGUGGAGGCGAUACUGGGCAAGAAAAGAGUUAGAGGAAAAUGGAAGGUGCGAGUGAAAUGGACGGGUUGGGCAGAGCCAACAUGGGAGCCCCUUGAAGCCUUCCUCGAUACAGAAGCGCUUACUCAUUAUGAGGAGAAAUUUGGGGAAAUUUUGAGAUGA